AUGGCCUACAUCGGUAAAUUAUACUCGUACAUGCCCAAUGCGCGGGUCUUGAAGAUCCAAGCUGCCGCACGACUCAACAACGUCAGCCUCGACAUCCCUACCGACUUCCAAUUCGGCAUCACCAACAAGACGCCCGAGUUCCGAGCCAAAUUCCCCGCGGGAAAGGUGCCGGCUUUUGAAGCAGCUGAUGAUGGACCCUAUAUCGCUGAGUCUGACGCCAUUGCGCAGUUCGUCGCAAGCUCCGGACCCCAGGCUACCAUUUUGCUAGGUUCCACAGCCGUGGAGCAAGCACAAAUUCGUCAGUGGAUCUGCUUCGCUGAGAAUGAAGUCUACGGGCAUAUGUUAUCUGUCGUUCUCUGGCGCGUUGGGUACCAACCCUACAAUCCGGAUAAUGAGACGAGGGGUGGGAAGGCGCUUCGGGAUGCUCUGGAGAUCGUUGAGACACACUUGAGUCGAGAGAAAGGCUUCCUAGUGUGUGGAAGACUGACUUUGGCGGAUCUGAGCCUAGCAUCUGCACUGUAUUGGGCUUUUAUGCAUUACUUGGAUGAGCAGCUUAGGGGCGAGAUUCCUCAAACAGUACAAUGGUAUAAGCGGACUAUUGAAGAGGAGGGGGUUAGGGAGGUGUUUGGGGAGCCGAAUCUUGUAAGUGUGAGGCGGAUGCCGGAGGAAUUUGUUGCGUAA